UCGCCGCUAGCGCGGGCGCUGCCGCCGGCCAUGGCCUACCAGCUGUACCGCAACACCACGCUGGGCAACAGCCUGCAGGAGAGCCUGGACGAGCUCAUCCAGUCGCAACAAAUCACUCCUCAGCUGGCCCUUCAGGUGCUGCUUCAGUUCGAUAAAGCCAUAAACGCGGCGCUGGCGCAGCGCGUCAGGAACAGAGUUAACUUCAGGGGAUCUCUGAACACAUACAGGUUCUGCGACAAYGUGUGGACAUUUGUACUGAAUGAUGUUGAAUUUAGGGAGGUCACUGAACUUGUGAAAGUGGAUAAAGUGAAAAUUGUAGCAUGUGAUGGAAAAAACACUGGUUCCAAUGCGGCAGAAUGAAUAGAAGUGUGGUUUGUCUGCAAUAUUUUCUGUUAAUAUGCAGCACUUUGUGGAGAGAAGCAUGGCAAGGGACUGCGUUCAUACUUUAUUCUUGUGGUUUUCUGUGAGUUAAUCCAUACUAGAAGGCAUCACAGAAUGACAGCAGAAGAAAUACCUGUAGCAUUUCUUCAGUUUACCUUAUAGGGCAUGAAGAAAACAAUGUUACUUUUUUWAAAUUACAACAGAUACUGUUGCUUUUUUUGUUCAAAAUAAUUUCUCUAAUAAACUUUUAUUUAAAAACUUGUGAAUGAGCAAGUGAUCGUUAGAAAGACUUGUUUAAAAACAAUCAACGAAUAUAUUCUCCCGAAGUUAUAUAAGCUCCCCUUAAAGCGGUGUUACAAAUGUAAAGGGCUUUCAGUUCUGAAUUUAUAAUAGGAAUCUGGUUGCACCUGCUAGUACUACAAGUGMUGGUUCCAAAAUGACAUUAGAGCACAUCAGCUUAGCUUAGGAGCUUGUGCUUGCCAGUAUAGUUAUUUUUAGUGCAUCUUUUUCUCUUUGGUAUCUUCCUCUAAGGACUCAGUAACCAGAUUAUUUAAUAAGUUACUGCACAGCUAAUCAAAUGGAAGUAAUGAAAUUGAGUCUCCUAAGGUUGUGCUAUAUUCUCAGCAAGUGUUAGUCAACACAGCUUAUUUUUACUUUCUCUAAGUGGCUUUUUAUUUCUGUGGAAUGCUUUUGACUGGCUACUUGCCAAACAGAAUCAAAGGAAAGAGUUGGACUGUAUAUUUCAGUAUACCAUUGAAUAGCUUUGUUCUUUCAAGACUUAAAUGUUCCA